ACCUGUUCUGUGUAACUUUAUCUACGUCAUUACCGCUAGUUUUCCGCUCGGCCUAUGAGAACUUCCGGUGCACCGUUUUGAAUCUUCGUUUGGUCUCUUUCGGUUGCUAUCCGAGACUUGGGCCCAAAAGCAAAUGUAUUGACCAUCAUCUUCAAAGAGAGAGAGAGACCAUGGAUGAUGAUAAUCACAGAUUAUUUCAAAGAGUUGCAGAGAAACUGGGCUGGUCAGAGAAGGGAGGAUUGGAAACAGCAGAACAACAGCUGAUUAAGAGCGUCGGUAAGACUCGGCGUCUGGCCACAGGCUGUCAUGGCUCCAGGGGUGCUCAAAACCUUCCUCCCCCAGUCCAGAUACAUCUGCUCGACACGGAGGAAGAGGAUGACAGAGGCUCAGGGAAAGAGAACCAGGUCUCCAAGUGCAACGGUUACAGGACCAAGGUGUUCAUGGAGUCCAGUGACGAUGAUUUUGACCAGUUUCUUGUGGAGCAGGCUACACCCAAAACUGCUUCUCGGAAACAUUGCAGUUCUGCUAAGAAAGUCAGUGAACCAGUCCUUGUAUUAAGCUCAGACAGUGAUGACUACUUUGAAAACUUCCUGAGCCGUGUGAAAACUCCCAAGCCGAAGCCCAAGGAAGCGGAGCGUACCAGUGGAGACAGCCUCAGAAACUUCAUUGUCGACAGCUUUUCCUCCGAUGAUGACUUUGUCGUUGAGAGGAAGAAAAAACCUACCUCUAUAGGUGCCUUUAAGACCCCUAAGCCGUCAUCCUUCCAGACCCCGGUCAGAAGACCCUUGUCCCAGUGUGACACUCCAGUUUUCCUCAGCGACAGUGAAGAAGACGAUGGUAUUGUGAUGAAGAGCACGUGGAGGACAUGCCACCCUGUGCACCAGCCGCCGCCACAGACGCACAAAGUCAACGUCCUACAAAGUAACCAGAAGGACAACAUCUUCUUUCCCUCUCCCUGCCCUCCUCCUCUGCCGUCCCUCUCUCCCAGCUCUCCUCCUCUCCACUCCUCCUUCACCCCCUCCCUGACCCCCCUUCCACAGUGGACCCACUCAGCCCCGUCGAAGCUGGAGGACUCAGCCAGCUCAGAGGAGGAGUUCCUCAGCUUACUGGACAGAAUUAAGAAGAACCACAAGACCGGCAACACCCCAACACCUAAACCCAACACGGGUAACACCCCAACUCCCAACACAGUGUGUGUCAAUCCAGGGCCCAAUCAGAAGCCCCCCCUGUCAGCUCCACGGCAAAAAGCCUCGAAAGAGGUGUGCCCUCGGCCGUUGGUGAGAACGCCCUUGGAUCUGAAGACCCCGGUGCGGCCGCUCGUCUCCAAACCCGCUGUGUCCCAGCCGGAAUCCAGACUCAAGACCAGCGGCCUUUCUUCCUCCAGUGUAUCAGCAGGGUGUAUGACUCCUGGGUGUUUCCUCCAGUCUCUGUCUGGACCAGGCUCCAGCCGCAACUUCAAACAGACCAAGGAGGAGCUCACCAGCAAACUGUAUCGCCUGUACAACACCAGCGUGUUCGACAGCAAGCUGCCCAGUAACAUGUCAGUGAGCUGGAAUAACAAGAUGAGAAAGACUGCUGGCUACUGCAUCACAGGACAGGAGAGAGGAGGAGGGAACCGAUACGCCCGUAUCCAACUCUCUGAGAAAGUCUGUGACUCUGCAGACCGUCUGCGUGACACGUUAGUCCAUGAGAUGUGCCACGCUGCCACCUGGUUGAUCAACAGUGUGAGGGAUGGACACGGCCCCUUCUGGAAGCUGUACGCCCGCAAGGCCACGCUGGCACACCCCGAGCUGCCCGUGGUCACCCGCUGCCACAGCUACGACAUUAACUACAAGUACCAGUACCAGUGCAGCCGCUGCAAAAACACACUCGGUCGUCACUCUAAGUCCCUGGACACCCAGAGGUUUGUGUGUGCCCUCUGUACGGGUCAGCUGGUCCUGCUCACCCCAGCCAAGCCCCGGGCGCCCACACCCUUCGCCAACUUUGUCAAGGAGAACUAUGGCAGUGUUCGCCAAAACCUGGCGGGUCAGAGCCACGGUGAGGUAAUGAGGAAACUCAGUGUUGACUUCGCCACCAAGACUAAACUCAGCCAGAACUGAGAAGGAGAGAGAGAGCGUGUGAAAGAUGAGGUGGAAUCAUUCUAACCUGGAUUAGACCUACAUUACUCUCGUCUCCUGGACUAUAAAGCACUCUUGAUAAAGCACUCUUGUUCAGUAGUAUCUGUAAAACCCUGUCUGAACAUCUUCAUACCUUGAAGAUUUCCACUGCUCUGGUGGGAUCCUUCUCUGUCAUCCAUCCUAAUGUCUUAGAUUAGUGGGAUCCUUCUCUUUCAUCCAUCCUAAUGUAUUAGAUUAGUGGGAUCCUUCUCUUUCAUCCAUCCUAAUGUCUUAGAUUAGUGGGAUCCUUCUCUUUCAUCCAUCCUAAUGUAUUAGAUUAGUGGGAUCCUUCUCUUUCAUCCAUCAUAAUGUAUUAGAUUAGUGGGGAUCCUUCUUUCAUCCAUCAUAAUGUAUUAGAUUAGUGGGAUCCUUCUUUCAUCCAUCAUAAUGUAUUAGAUUAGUGGGGAUCCUUCUUUCAUCCAUCAUAAUGUAUUAGAUUAGUGGGAUCCUUCUCUUUCAUCCAUCCUAAUGUCGUAGAUUAGUGGGAUCCUUCUCUUUCAUCCAUCCUAAUGUCGUAGAUUAGUGGGAUCCUUCUCUUUCAUCCAUCCUAAUGUAUUAGAUUAGUGGGAUCCUUCUCUUUCAUCCAUCCUAAUGUCUUAGAUUAGUGGGAUCUUCAAGUUGAUAGGUCUGUCUUAAAUACCUCUGUGUAUGUAUCAGGAUUUCAGAGGCAGCUAUGGUGAGUCUGUCAUUCCUCUGUAGCUGGCGUCUCACCGUUACAGUGAAAUGAGCCACGAGACACACUGGACAGUGAUUUAAAGGCAUCGUGAAUCAGCCAUAUUGUUGAGCCUGCCUGUGACAUGGUUUCAUACCCUUCAAAUAUCAUUUGGUGACCAACUGCUUUGAAUUACUUGAAAUAUGAAUCAGGAAGUAGUUCCAUGAAGGUUCAUACGGUGAAUAGAAGGCCGAUCCGGCAACUUCACAUACAAUUUAUGUUACAUUUUCAACGUUUGUCUUGUUGUUUUUCAUGUUUUGUUUUUGAAUAAAGAUUUAAUGUUUUACA